AUGCUUGGCACUGACCUCUCUGACAAUAGGCUGGUGCAAAAGAUCCUUGUUUCUUUGCCUGAGAGGUAUGAGGCAACCAUUGCUUCAUUGGAGAAUACCAGGGACUUGUCUCAGAUCAAGCUGGCAGAAUUGGUCAGUGCUCUGCAAGCACCUGAACAAAGGAGGUCGAUAAGGCUGAAAGGAAGUGUUGAAGAGGCUCUAAGGGCCAAAAUGCAACACAACUUGAAGGAAAAGAGAAGAAGUGGAAAGGGAAGAAGGGAAGUGACAGUAACUCAGAGGUUGCUACUGGAGAAGGCAGUGCAGGCAACAAAGGAGGAAGAUAUUCUCCAUACAAGCACUGUGGUAAAAAGAAUCAUCCCCAUUUUGGAUGUUGGAGAAGGCCAGAUUUGGCUUAUUGAUAGUGGUUGUACAAACCAUAUGACAAGUGAUAAGAAACUAUUUAGAAACCUUGAUAAGUCAAUAAAAUCAAGGGUGAGAAUUAGAAAUGGAGAAUACUUAGCAGUAGAGGGUCGAGGGACUAUGGCUAUGAAGAGUUGUCCAGGGAUUAAGUUGAUUUUUGAUGUAAUGUAUAUUCCUGAGAUUGAUCAGAACCUGCUAAGUGUGGGGCAGUUGGUAGGAAAUGGAUUUAAGGUAACAUUUGAAGAAGGAAAAUGGUUGGUCUUUGAUUCUAGAGGCCAGGAGUUGUUCAAGAUAAAGAUGCAGCAAAAAAGUUUUUCUCUGAAUACUCUAAAAAAGGAGCAAGUGGCAUUCAAAUGUUAG